AUGGCCACCCAAAUCCUCAAAAAAUUCACUCUUAAACCCGCCAGCGCCGCCCGCUCCAAAACAACAUCGGCCGAGUACGUAGCCUCCAGAGCCCGAGACCCAACAUUUGAAAAACUCAUGGACAAGUACAAAAACCUCUUCAAAGUCUUCUCCAUUCAAGACCUCAUCCUCGCCCACCCCACCACCUCGACCACCACCACAAACCAUCCCUCCAUCUCCAUCGACUUCCUCAACCGACUCUCCCAAAAACUUCACCUCAACCGUGGCGCCACCCACUUCCUCCGCAAAUACCCCCAUAUUUUCGAUAUCUUCUACGAACCCACCAAGUCUCAACCCUUCUGCAAGUUAACGGACGCCGCCCUCGAAAUCUCCCGCCAAGAAUCAGAAGCGAUCAACGCCUCAUUACAUACUGUCAUCGACCGGUUGGUUCGGCUUCUAUCUAUGUCGAUUUCCAAGUCGUUACCACUUCGAGCUAUCUUUAAAGUAUGGAGGGAACUUGGUCUUCCUGACGAUUUUGAGGACUCGGUAAUUGCGAAAAAUUCUCAACUUUUUGCACUUUGUGAUGGAAAUGAACCCAAUACACAUACAUUGAAACUUGUAAGUGAAAUACCCAGGAAUACUUUAGUUGCUGUGGUUGAGAAUUGGAGGGUAAUAGAGUGUUGUAAGGAGGAAUGCAGUGUUGAUAGGAUGGAAAUUAGGUAUAGUUUCAAACAUGGGCAUCCGCCGGGGAUGAGGUUGAGGAAGAAUUUCAAGGCCAAAGUUAAGGAAUGGCAGAGAUUGCCGUAUAUCGGGCCAUAUGAGGAAAUGGGGGAGAAGAAGAGGACCAAGGCUGGGAUAAUGGGAAUAGAGAAGCGGGCGGUUGGGAUUUUUCAUGAGUUUUUGAGUCUGACUGUGGAGAAGAUGGUGGAAGUAGAGAAGAUUAGUCAUUUUAGGAAGUGGUUUGGGAUUGAUUUGAACACAAGGGAUUUGUUCUUGGAUCAUCCUGGCAUGUUUUACUUGUCGACAAAAGGGAAGCGACAUACUGUGUUUUUGAGAGAGGCGUAUGAGAAGGGGUGCUUGAUUGAGCCAAAUCCGGUUUAUGAGGCUAGAAGGAAGCUACAUGAUCUUCUUGUUCUGGGACGUCGUGGUUUGCCUACUGGUGGUUGUAAGUUGAGGAGUGUUGGUCAGAAUGAAGAUGAUGGAAUUGGAAAAAGAAGGUAG